AAAUUACACAAAACCAAGCGCUGCUUCAGCGGCAGCAUCGCGAACGAUGGAUUGGAUUAUCAAUGAUGAGCUCGGGCUCACGGUGGGCCAUCUCGUCGGCUGGACGUCGGCCUCGUUCAUGGUGGUCGGCGGCGUUCUACCCUACAUUCCGCAGUAUCGCCAAAUCAAGCAGACCCAGGAUCCUGAGGGCUUCUCGCUGCACGUUUGUCUCGCCCUGCUGAUUGCCAACACGCUGCGAAUACUGUUCUGGUUUUCCAGUCGCUAUGAGCUUCCGCUGCUGGUGCAGAGUGUCGUGAUGAACAUAACCAUGUUCCUGAUGAUCCACCUGUGCGUGAAGGUCCGCCGCAACAACGCUAUCAUGCGUACGAGGGAGCGCGUCUUUUCAGGAGACGACACGGCGGCCACGGGUGUGGUCGAGGGACACGGCAAGGGUGGAGAGGGAGGCAUCAUAAACAUUCGCCGCUCGUCCAGCACCAAUCUGACCGCCACCGGGAGUGGUAUGCCGGCCACCAGCCACCACAACACCACCACCAGCAUCGGUAUCGGUUCGGCGCUCGUGACGCAACCGCCACCGGCAGUGACCGCAGGUGGCACGGGAGGACCCCUGAAGAAAUCUCGAUCCCGCCACUACAUCUACGACUUUGAUUCGCGCUACUUCUGGCAGUGGACGGACUUCCAGUCCUACGUGGACUUUAUGCUAGUGGUCUGGGCGGUCGGCGCGGCCGUCACGUACCUGCUGCUUUCCGUUACCUGGUUCAUGGAGACAAUCGGCUUUCUGGCCGUCUUUACUGAAGCAAUGCUUGGCCUUCCACAGUUCGCGAGGAACUACAAGAAUAAGUCCACCCAUGGGAUGAGCAUUUGCAUGGUGAUCAUGUGGACCGCUGGUGAUAUGUUUAAGACUGGUUAUUUUAUCUUAAGGCACGCGCCAACGCAAUUCUGGAUCUGCGGCACGCUGCAGGUCAGUCUAGAUCUGGCCAUUUUGUUGCAGGUGUACAUUUACCGUAAAAAUCCAGCGCCCCGUAACACGCAUCGUGGCGAUUAGCAGUUUGCCCCCCAAAAUACGACUAUUCAAGGUACUGUGCUGAACAACAACAAUAACAACAACGGUGGCAGCAACAAGAGCAGCACCCGUUCGCACCGCAAUCACACGCUGACCCGCAAAGCUGUCCAACAAUCGAUCACCAGCAACGGCACCGGCA